AUGGUCACGCCUACGCUUCUCGAUAGCUUGGCGUGGAAGGGUUACCUUAUCUUCAUGGCACUGAAUUUUGCGUUCAUACCGCUGAUCUAUUUCUGCUAUCCCGAGACUGCUAAUCUUACGCUGGAAGAGGUCGACUGGCUAUUUUACGAAGGCGAUGUCGUAAAGCGAAGCCGACGUAUCGCAAAGGAGGGAUGGGAACAAGCGGUUGGCACCGAUCCUGCGACUAUGGUGGAGACGGGUAGUGUGUCCAGCGGUAAUAAGGCCGGACACACGACGGAGAAGGCAGAGCACAAGGUGCACUAG